CCAAAUCAAAUAUUAGAUAAUAAUCAAAUAUUUCAAUCCGAAUGUGAUAUGUUGUUGCAACAAAAAUGUAAUAAUAAUGGUGUUGGAGAAUCAUCGAAACAUCAAAUCAAUUGUACUAAUCAUUGUCAUUGUUUUAAGAAUGGUAUCCAUAAUCAUCCUCAUCACCAUCAUCAUCGAUCCAACACUGCUGCUGCUGCUCAAUUAUGCGAUACUAGAUUUGGUCAUUGUUUGUGUAAACAAGGAUGGCAUGGUUCGAAAUGUGAUUCAUGUUCAUCCGGUUAUUGGAAUGCUGCUGUUGUUGUGGCUACUAAAGAUAAUAAUCAUAUCAAAAACAUUGACUGUAAACGAUCGAUUAAUCAAAAUUGUAAUGAUUCGAAUGGAAAAUGUCAAUGUAAAUCGGGUGUAAAAGGUCAUCGAUGUGAUCGUUGUCCAACAAAUACUCAUCUAACCAAUCAAGGAUGUGUUCAUAAUUCAUUAAAUAAAAAUAUUUCCUGUUCACCGAAUCGUUGCCGAUUUGGAUCGAUAUGUCAAUCAAAUGGUUCCUGUACUUGUAAUUUUAAUUGUAAUUCAUUCAAUAAUCAUCAUCAUCAUCAUUAUCAAUCAAUAUGCUCUUCAGAUGGAACAAUCCAUAAAUCAAUGUGCCAUUUUCGUCAAUAUAUGUGUAAUUUACAAAAACGUUUACAAAUUAACAAACAUUGUCGUGUUGAUUGAUUCAAUCGAUUAAUUUAUCUGUUUUA